AUGUCGAUACGUCAUAAUGAAAUGCUGACAAUGGAUUCACGCAUAACACUUUCUGAUAAAAAUACAAUGUCACGACUUGGUCUUGGAACAUGGCGAAGUGAACCAGGCAAAGUUCAAAAUAUAGUUAAAGAAGCUAUAUUAAAUUGUAAUUAUCGACAUAUUGAUUGUGCAUGGUUAUAUAAAAAUGAAAAUGAAGUUGGUAAUGGUAUACAUGAAGCUUUAGAAUUGAGUCAAGGAAAAAUAAAACGUGAAGAUUUAUUUAUUACAACGAAAUUAUGGAAUCAACAUCAUGUACCUGAAGAUGUUCAAUGGGCUAUUCGUGAUAGUUUAAAAAAACUUCGAUUAGAUUAUGUUGAUCUUUAUUUAAUACAUUGGCCUAUUGCUUUUAAAAAUAUGACUGAAAAUGUAUGGUCACAAAAUGAAGAUAAAACAGUUCGUUAUUAUGCUGAAGAUGUAACUAUUGCUGAUACAUGGAAAGCAAUGGAAAAUUUAGUUGAUUUAAAAUUAGUACGUUCAAUUGGUUUAUCAAAUUUUAAACCCUUACAAAUUGAUGAAAUUCUUAAAAUAGCUCGUAUUAAACCAGUUGUAAAUCAAGUUGAACUUCAUCCAUAUUUAAAUCAAGAAGAAUUACGUCAAUAUUCUAAAAAAGAAAAUAUUAUUCUAACUAGUUAUUGUCCAUUAGCAAAUUUAAAACGACCAAAUGAACGUGAAGAAGAUGUAUCACCAUUAUAUAAUCCAAUAAUUGAACAAAUAGCUAAAUCAAUNAGUGAUUGGUUUGAAAGUGACCAUCAAAAAAUUAAUAUGAGAUAA